AAUAGCUGUUUUUGUUGGAGGCUCCCAUUAAAAACAAUGUGAAUAUGUGAGGAGUCAUCAACAUGUGACGUCAUAGUCUGCGACUUCCGGUACAGGCAGGGCUUUUCUGUUAGCGACCGAAAGUUGCGAACUUUAUCGUGGAUGUUCUCUACAAAAUGCUUUCAGCAAAAAUAUGGCAAUAUUGCGAAAUUAUCAAGUAUGACACACAGAAUAGACCUGCUAUCCCUGUUUAAAUAAGAACAUUUCAUUUCAGUAGGCCUUUAAAGGGUUAUGAGGUGUAGUUUGCAGUAAACCAAGACAACGGAAACAUGUCAAUAGCCACACAGCUUCUUCGUACAUUAUGAAAAUAAAUACAAUUUACAAUUAGGGGGUAAAUCAUUUACUUUCAAAUAGUAUGCAACUAACAACUCCUUCAAUAACACAAAUGACGUCAUCAAAAACUUGACAGAUCAAUACCCAAACAAAUGUAUGUGAGCAACUGAAAACUGGAAGUAAUGAAACCCAAACUAACAUAGUAACAUAAAUCCAUGGAAGCCCGAAUACCCCAAUGGUCAGUCAUAGUUAUGAGGUGAAAAGUCGAAAUUAUGAGAAAUAUACAUAACGGGCUUCAAUAAAAGCGUUCACUUUAUUUUUCAUGUCACAGGACUUCUCGCAGGAUUAAGUAGGACACGUGACCUAAUAGCCCGUAAGGUUCUGUUUAUCUUAGAGUCAACAACAGUCAUGAAAGUAGCAUUAUUAUUACCACAGUAUAAUUGGUAUUAUUAUUAUUACUUUAUUGUUAUCUCAGAGUGACUUAUUUUACAGCGCGUGGACACAUGACCCCACUUCCGGCAGAACUCUUAAACAGCUGACCUACUUUGACUGCCCCUGACUUUAUAAAUAAGGCUCGGCGGAGGACUACACCACGGCGGCGGUGCGACGGUUGGCGCGCAAGACCAAACUUCCCUCUUCGUGUUUCUUCUUUUUUUUCCUUGACUUCUUAUUUCUUACCUGGCCAGGUAAAGUCGAAUCAUCAUGGCGGACAGUGUUCAAUUCGCCACGGCCAUGCCGGACAUCCGUGCGAUGUUCUACCUGCUGUCGCCCAACGAGUCGUCCUUCGAGAAGGUUGAAGAAGUGCCCGAAUAUGUUCAUCAGGCCAAUCCUUUCUUCAUCGGGCUGAUCAUCCUGGAGAUGGGUGUCGGCAUGUUGCUAUCGGAAUCUCCGCUGUACAACAUCGGUGAUGGAAUCAUCUCUGUAUCAUUAGGGAUGAUAUCCAGGCUACCACUUUUGCUGGUACGGGGCUUCGAGCUGUCUGCCUACAUGUACGUGUGGGACCACUAUCGCCUGCUGCGGCUACCCUGGGACUCCGCCUGGACCUGGCGCUUCACAUUCCUGGCUGUAGACUUCUGCUACUACUGGUUCCACCGCUUUGCUCACGAGGUGUCCGUCUUGUGGGCGGCCCACCAGGUUCACCACAGUUCGGAAUACUUCAACUUCAGCACGGCCCUACGGCAGCCUCUCACGCAGCAGCUGACAUCUUGGAUCUACUACCUGCCCAUGGCUCUGGCGGUGCCUCCUUCAGUCUUUGCCGUCCACAUCCAAUUGAAUCUGCUCUUCCAGUUCUGGCUGCACACAGAGUUGGUCCGAGACCUGGGACCUUUGGAAUGGAUCUUCAACACUCCAAAGCAUCACAGAGUUCACCACGGGAGGAAUGAGUACUGCAUUGACAAGAACUACGGGGGCAUUCUGAUCAUAUGGGACCGAUUGUUCGGCACCUUUGCUGCAGAGGAGGACAAAGUGAUGUACGGCUUGGUCUUCCCUGUCAACACGUUUGAAAUCAUCACGAAUCAGUUCCACUACUAUUUGUCUUUGUGGAGACGGGCCAGCACCUACACCAGCAUGAAAAACAAAGUGUUGACGUUUGUCAACGGUCCGAGCUGGCUGCCCGGUAAACCCAGGCUGGGCGAUCAUGAGCUAGUCCCGAAGGUGACUGGAAAGGAAGUGCCUCAUGAGCCCAGCUGCUCGCUGCCCUUACAAGUUUAUGCGGUGACACAUUUCCUGCUGGUCCUGCAUACUUACCACAAUCUGUUUGAAAACCAAGCGAUAUUAACACAGGUUACCAUCCUGGGGAUGACCGCCUACGUCCUGCUGACACUCACCUGCAUUGGUUUCAUCAUCGACCAAAGGUCGCUGGCAUCCAUCUUGGAGAUGCUGCGUUGUGCUGCCAUGGUGACGAUGCUGCGGUACAAUCAGUUGAGGCUCCCCUAUUCGUCUCUGGCUAUCCCCACUGAGGCCUUUGCCUCCCUCUCGCUGCUCUACUGGGCCAUGCAGAUCUUCUCUCAGCUGCUCUCCAUCAAGAGGAAGUCAGACUGAUCGUGGCCCUGCAGACCAGACCAGCUCACACUGUACCACCGGUACAAACAAAUCUACUUUUUCCAUUUCAGUUUUUGUUUCCUUUUUUAAAGUCAACAACCAAAAAUUUGACUAACAUGACUUCUUGUGUGCCUUUACUAACAAAUUAAGCGGGUGAAAGUUUCUAAUGUAAGACAUCACCUUAUCUUGCUGUUUAUCCUGUAUUUAAAUGACACCCAAUACGCUUAUACUCUCCACAUGCCCAGUGAAACUUCACAACACAAUCCGUUCACUUUCUGGCCUCUAAACUUCAGAAUAAACUAGAGUGUCGGAAAAUAAUCUGUUUCAGUGUCAAGCCAUGGUUCAUCGCAGACCGUACUUUACAGGCAAAGUGUAGCUGCCAUACAAGUAGUGAUGUUUCAAUCUGGGUUGUAUGCUGCCGAUACCGAUCAUCCAAGAGUAAGAUCGGCCGAUACCAAUACCAAUCAUAUCUAUAAACAGUAUAUUUUUCUAUUAUUUUUUAAAUAACGAGUCCUACUGACAUCUGCGGCUGGAUGGAUGGAUCCUGUUGACAUAAUACUUCAAGAUAGAUACUUAGUAGAGUUUAUGAGAUACAAUUGUUUGAUAAAAAUAAAGUCAAUAGUACACAAGAACUAAACCAAAGUACAAGCACUAAUUGACUGAAAGAGCACGCACUUGGCGCAACGAUGUCAUGUUUAUCGAUGGGAAAAUGCUAUUUUAAAUGAUUUGCCUGAGACCCUGAGAAUAAUAGGCAGUUGCCUUUCCAUUAAGAAAAAUAAACUAAUUUUUAGUGUAAGUUUGCUGGUUUCAAGAAAAUUAAUGCCGAGCCCAUAUCAUUAUGUCAAGAUAAUGGAACUAGCGUUUACUUAAUUUAAAGAUAUUUUUCAACAUAUUGAGAAAAAAUGUCCCUUUUUUUUCUAUCAAGAAAAGUGCACUUGUUAUUAGUGAGAAUAUACUUAUUCCAAGGUAUUUUUGGGUUCAUUGAGAUCAUCUUAUUUUACUUGUUUUGGAAAGUCUUGACAAGCCAAAUGUUCUUGUUCUUUGGCAGAUAAUUUUCCUUAUUUCAAGUAAAAUACCCUUAUUUUUUAUUUUUUAUUUUUUUCUUGUUUUUGACACUGACUUUUUUGCAGUGCUGUUAAUCGCACGUCACCUGCCGUCUCUGCAUCUUGGGGUCACACAUGCGACACCGUGACAAGCAUGACCAAACACAGUGUGCAAAAUAGGGCAAUGUUAGCUAUUUCAUUCUAGUCUACAUAUGAGUCUUUUCCUGGUGGAACAAGAAACAGGUACAAUAUGUUAUUGUGUAUAUACUGCAUAAACAUCCGAUAUAGCAGUGGUUCUCAAUCUCAACCUUUUUUUAGUGAUGUAUCCCCUGUGAACAUUUUUUUUAAUUCAAGUACCCCCUUAUCAGAGCAAAGCAUUUUUGGUUUAAAAAAAAGAGAUAAAGAAGUAAAAUACAGCACUAUGUCAUCAGUUUUCAAUUUAUUAAAUUGUAUAAUGGUGCAAAAUAUUGCUCAUUUGUAGUAGUCUUUCUUAUAUUAUUUGGAAAAAAGAUAUAAAAAUAACUAAAAACUUGUUGAAAAAUAAACAAGUGAUUCAAUUAUAAAUAAGGAUUUCUACACAUAGAAGUAAUCAUCAACUUAAAGUGCCCUCUUUGGGGAUUGUAAUAGAGAUGCAUCUGGAUUCAUGAACAUUUCUUCACAAAAAAAGGAAUCUUUAACAUCAAUAUUUAUGGAACAUGUCCACAAAAAAAUCUUGCUGUCAACACUGAAUAUUGCAUUGUUGCAUUUCUUUUCACAGUUUAUGAAUUUACAUUCAUAUUUUGUUGAAGUAUUAUUCAAUAAAUAUAUUUAUAAAAGAUUUGAGUUGUUGCUAUUUUUAGAAAAUCUCACGUACUCCUUGGCAUACCUUCAAGUACCCGAAGGGGUACGCGUACCCCCAUUUGAGAACCACUGCGUUAUAGUAUCAGAGUUUUGGUACACAGCCCUCAUUUUUGCACGUUUUAGAUUUUAGUUUUGGAUUUAGUGACUUAACAUAUUGCCAUUGCUUGACCCUGGAACAGAUUAAAUAAUUUACCAGUAUUUCCUAUGAAGGUAAAAAAAAAAAAAAAAAAUCUCCGUAGACAUUGUGUUGACUUUAGAGCUUCUACCGUAACCCUCAACUGUACUUGAAUACAAAUACUACUCUAUGCUUUAACACGUGGUACGAUAAUGACUACUACCCUCAUACUAUUUGUUUGUGAUGUACUCUAUUUUAUUAUCAUAUCCAGUCCAGUGUUGUCACUGUGUCGGAAGGAUCAAAUUCUACGGUGCAUAAGCAGGAUAUGAAUGUGAAAAAGGAAGGCAGAGAGAAUCCAAUCACUUGAUCAAUCAUUCCAUCCUCGGAUGUCUUUCAUGCCAAGUCCUCCCACUGAGACCGAGGCAAAGGUGUUGUCCAGACGUCAUGUGAGAGUGCAAUAUUCCACAGCUGAUGGUGCUAUUUCCUCCCCCGUAGUCGUGCGCGUCAUGGUCCUAGUUAUGAGAAGCACAUGGAAUUAUUGAUGUGUCACACCAGAUAUGACCAGAGGUAAACGUACAUUUACUUAAAUAACUUUUAAGAAUGAAUUGUACUUGUCAGAGCAGUUUUAAUGCAAGAUACGUUUUACUGAAGUAUUUUUGUGCAGAAUAAAACGCUACUUUUACUCCUGA